AUGGAGAAGGCAAAUUACUCCUUGGUGACAGAAUUUAUUUUCCUGGGACUCACCAAUUCCUGGAAAAUUGAAGUUUUCCUUUUUGUGUUCUCCUCAAUCUUAUAUGUCUCCUGCAUAAUGGGAAACUGCCUCAUUAUGCUCACUGUAAUUUAUGACCCCCACUUACACUCCCCCAUGUACUUUCUGUUGGCCAACCUCUCUUUCAUUGACCUUGGAGUUUCUUCUGUCACCUGUCCCAGGAUGAUUUAUGACCUGUUCAGAAAACAUAAAGUCAUCUCCUUUGGUAGCUGCGUUACUCAAAUUUUCUUCAUCCACCUCAUUGGUAGUAUGGAGAUGGUGCUGCUCAUCAUCAUGGCCUUUGACAGGUAUGUGGCCAUAUGUAAGCCUCUCCACUACCUGACCAUCAUGAGUCCACGGAUGUGCAUCUUCUUUGUUGUGGCUGCCUGGAUAAUAGGCAUUAUCCAUGCAAUAGUUCAAUUGGUUUUUGUGAUAGACUUACCCUUCUGUGGUCCCAACGUGCUGGACAGCUUUUACUGUGACCUUCCUCGGUUCAUCAAACUUGCCUGCACAGACACCUACAGACUACAGUUCAUGGUCACAGCAAACAGUGGAUUCAUCUCAGUUGGCUCCUUCAUUGUAUUGCUUAUUUCUUAUGUUGUUAUCAUUCUCACUGUUCAGAAGCACUCUUCAGGUGGUUCUUCCAAGGCUCUGUCCACACUUUCAGCUCACAUCACGGUGGUAGUCUUGUUCUUUGGUCCACUGAUAUUUUUCUAUACAUGGCCAUCUCCCUUUAUAUACCUUGAUAAAUUUCUGGCCAUCUUUGAUGCAAUUAUCACUCCUUUCCUCAAUCCUAUCAUUUACACAUUCAGGAAUCAAGAAAUGAAAGUGGCAAUGAAGAGAGUAUGUAGUCAGUUAGUGAAUUUCAGGAAGAUCUCUUAA